GUAUUGUCUCUAGGACAAUAUAUAAAGCAAAGCUAUCAUUGUCACUUACUUGGCUUCAAGUUUACCUUUCAAUCUUCUUCUUCAUUCUUCAUUUUGCUUUUUGCAUUCUAAAGUCCUAGACUUAGGGUGCGCUUGUUGCUCUCUUCUGUCAACUAGCCUCUUCUUAUAUCUUCUAAUAUUACUUGUCUUCAUAUAACCUGUCAACUCAGAGCUAGGAAGAUUUUAAUGGGGUUUUCAGGAGCUUGAUGAUUGUUUAGUUGUGCUGGUUCUUCUGACAAGUGGGUUCUGGCCAGUUUUCAAUAUUAUUACAGGGCUCGUAUUUUUCCAGCUUUGGUUUGUUGUGUUCAAGAUUCGAAUUCUCGAUAUUCGGUAAGCAGAGCGAGAGAUAUAUCAUCUGAUCAAGAGAGUUGGGAUUGCUUCGUUUCGGAUGGUGAGAGAUGUAGCUUAUGUUACUGACCAGGCGCUGCCGCCUCCUUCUACUCGUGCUGUGAAGGUUCAUUCUCGAAUGUGUACUGAGCUGAUGAAAUUGGUUAGUAUUGGCGCAAAAUUACUUCCACAAAUAGAAGAAGCCCGGCCUGGAGGCUCAGCAGGAAUGCAGGCACUUGUCUUGCUAAGUAAUACGAUCGAGAAAGCAAAGUUAAUAAUUGAAGACUGCUGUCACUCCAGUAAACUCUAUAUGGCUAUUACAGGGGAUGCAAUACUAUCAAGAUGCGAAAAAGCAAGGAAUUCAUAUAUUCAAAGCUUGAGUCAAAUACAAUAUGUGGUCCCAGUCAAAUUAUCCUCAGAGAUUUCACAUAUAAUCUCCGAUCUUAGUGGCGUAACAUUUGUUUUGGACCCAUCAGAAGAAGAGGCUGGUAAGAUCCUGAAGUAUUCACUCCAACAAUUCUCAUCUGCAACAUAUUCAAUAGAAGAAUCUACAAUUCAGUCUGUUCAAAGGGCUGCUUCGAGGCUUCAUAUUACAUCACAAAAGGCUAUCAUAAUAGAAAAAAGAUCUAUUAGGAAGCUGCUUGAUAAUGUUGGUGAUGGUGCUCCUCCAAAGAGAAGAAUCUUAAUAUUCCUUUUAAAUUAUCUGAAGAAGUAUCAAUCCAUAACAAGGGAGAACUUGGAUAAUGCUUCCACAGAGCAUGAAAAUUCCAAUGUGCUUGCUAGCUCUCAUGAGCAGUAUAUUGAGGUUGAAUCACACACAACCUGUCCUCCUGCUGAAGCUCAAGUGGACAUCCUAAGUAGAGCGACACCACCUGAAGAGUUUAGGUGUCCUUUAUCAUGUAGAAUGAUGUAUGAUCCCGUAGUCAUUGAUUCCGGGGAAACUUUUGAAAGGAUGUUUAUACAGAAGUGGUUUAGUGAAGGUCAUGAUACAUGUCCAAAGACUAAAAGGAAGUUGUCUCAUCUUUCUUUAACACCAAAUGUCAGGAUGAAAAGUGUAAUUUCAAGGUGGUGUACUGCAUAUGGAGUGAGCAUUCUUGACCCAUUAAAGCAGUCUGAAGCAAUUCACUUGCAAGAUAAUUCUCUAAACUCAGUUGCUAGCCUGAGCAAUUCCAUGUGUAAUCUGAGUCUUCCAACUGACUUCAGCAGUGUAUCUAUGGGAUAUUCAGAUAGCAGCUUGAAUUCAGAAUCGUCAUUUGAAAAUAUGCCAGAGAGAGGCGACUCUGUAUUUCUGAAAAGAAGUGGUGAUUCUAAAACGACAACAAGAAAUGCCAGGAAUCAUACCAGAGACAGAGAGCAUUUACAAAAACUUGACACACUUCCUUGGGAAUCUCAAUGCAAGAUGAUUGAUGACUACAAGAUUCAUCUCAAAAAUGACAAUGAAACUAUCCAGUUUGCAUCAGAGGAAAAUUUUGUAGAUCCGCUUGUGAAUUUUUUAGAGAAGGCACUUGAUCUUAAUGACGUGAAAGCUAUGAGAGCUGGAUGUUUAUUGAUGUUAGCGUUUGUGACAAAAUCCAGGAGUGGAGGUCAAUACUUAAAUGAAAGAGUGUAUAUUCUGUUGGCUUCAGUUUUCCAUUUGGAAGUAGCGAUAGAAGCGGUCUGCAUAGUUGAGGUUCUGUCUCACUACCAAUACUGCAGAACUAAAAUUGCAGCAUCUGGUGUAAUUUCUUCAAUCAUACGGGUUCUUGAGGCUCAGAACAGAGAAUUGAGUGAGGCAGCCAUUAGGAUCCUGUACAACUUGUCCUUUGACAAUGAAAUUCAAGCCUACAUUGUGGCAACAGAUUUUAUCCGUAGACUGGUACAUUAUUUUGAAGACAGCUCCCUUGAAAAAUAUUGCAUAGCUAUUUUGAAGAAUUUGUGCAACCACGAAGCUGUUAGGGUAUCUGUGGCUGAAACUCAUGGAUGUAUAGCUUCCAUUGCUAGAAUGCUCGAGACAGAUAGUCGCGAAAACCAAGAGCAUGCAGUCUAUGUUCUUCUUUCCCUAUGCUCACAACGUGAUGUAUACUGUCAGUUAGUCAUGGAUGAAGGUGUAAUUCCUGCUUUGGUCAGCAUAUCUGUCAACGGAAAUGACAAAGGAAUGGCAAGUGCGAUGGAACUCCUCCGCCUAUUCCGAGAAAAGACAGAUACGGACGAUAAGCAAGACUGUCCAGAAUCUGAUAUGAACACAUUGAGCGACUCUAGUGACGAUAUUAUAGAGCAUAAGCCAUCUCCAAAGUCUCGUGGUUUUUUCAAGAAGAUAAUGUUCAAAAAUCGGUGACAGGUUCAGAUCAAUUUCCUUUGAUGCCAUUCAAGAGGCACCAAGAUGUUGUCAUUGUAAUCAUAACAUGGAGUGGUAGAAUACGCGAAGCAAGGCUUAAUCCGUCCGAUAGCUGGCGCCUCGAAAGCCUAAUGAUACUGAUUUAGUUGUUGUGACUGUAUAUUUCUGGUGGUAUUAACUUCUGCAGUUCUGCAGUUAUUUAUUGUAGCUGUGUGUGUAUGCAAGGUCAUAUUAACUUGUACUUAUUCCUUUUGUUUGGAAGUGGCCAUCUCCAAACUGAUAUAACAUAAGUGUGUAGUUUUACAUCAUUGUGUAUUUUUGUGUAAUUGUAUAGCUCAGGAAUAUGUAGUACUGCCACUGGUCUCAUAGCAUCUAUAAGCAAUUUUAUUAUCAGUUUUGCUGA